CGAGCCAACCCGCACCUCCUUCCAGUGUGUUGGUUUGCUUUAUGAGUUAUGACCACCUCCAAUCCCUCCAAAAGUGGGUGGGUGUCUGUAGUCUCCUUUUUCUCAUUCUCUCUCAACAUCUCCACGAACUUUCCCUUUUCUUGAGAUCAUCUAAUGGAUGCUGCUCAGUGGUCGGAGGGAUUGGGAGUGGUGAAAUCCAUGGAAGAAAAGAAAAGUAUUAGACCACAAAAGCCACAAGCUUUGAACUGUCCAAGGUGCAAUUCAGCGCACACAAAGUUUUGUUACUACAACAAUUACAGCCUCUCUCAGCCAAGAUACUUUUGCAAGACUUGUCGAAGGUACUGGACCGAAGGUGGAUCUCUAAGAAACGUUCCGGUUGGCGGUGGUUCACGGAGGAACAAGCGAUCGUCAUCAACAUCAUCAUCAUCAUCAUCAGUACCAUCUGCAGCAGCAGUAGCAGCUUCGAUAUCUAAAAAUCAGCACCAGAUGAUGAUGGCCCCACCAGCACAAAGCAUGAUCACACAAAACCCUAGCAAGACUAUGAUCCUAGGUCAAGGUAUAGGUAGUCAAGGUCAAGGUGGUCAAGACCUAAACCUAGGUUACACAAACAUUUCUCUUCAAUUUGGUAACUUGCCAUUCAAUCCAAACACCACAAGCACCUCCAGUACUCAGUUCUCAGCCAUGGAAUUCUUGAAAAGUGGAUUUGCUGAUCCCAGAGAGGUGAUGAUGAACUCAUUACCAAACACCAUGAUCAUGAAUUCUCCUGCAGGUUUGAAUUUUUCUCUUGAUGGAUUUGAAAAUGGUGGAGGUAAUUAUCAUCAUCAUCAUCAUCAUCAUCAUCCACAAGGAGGAGGUAGUGGGGUAUCUAAUCAUCAAGGCACCAUGAGUACUAUCACCACAACUGCUGGUACAAGUGCAAAUGCUAGGCUAUUAUUUCCCUUUGAAGAUCUGAAGCCUAUUUCAACAUCAAAUAGUGACUUGCUUGAGGCAACUAGAGGGCAAGGAGAAUCUUCAAGUGGGUAUUGGGGUACAGGUAGUGGAGGAUUAGGAGGUGGAUCAUGGUAA